UUCAAAAUUAUCGUUCAGUUUUCUAACAAAUAUCUGAUUCACCGUUGUUAUAUACUAUACAUACUCUCCGGGAUGCCGAGGAAGGGGAUGAGAUUGAUUGGCUUUUCGCCUAAUUACUGGUCAUCAUCAUCUACUGUACGAGCGUCGCCGUCGGCAGGGUCUGAUCAUUUUUAUGAAUCGGUAAUGGAGCGGGCGCUUGAGAUUUCAGGGCCGAUGAUCAUGAAAUGGAAUCCAGAAGCAUCUGAGGCAGCGAAGGUGACCUCUUUGUUCUACGAGAGCCGGAGAGAAGCCAAUGAUUUCGUCAAGUGCGUGCGGAAUCUUCAGAAGGCGAUGCAGUUUCUGGCAAUGGAGCAGCCGAGAUCGGAGAAGCUCGUUAGGGCGCAAAACCUCAUGGAAGUCGCCAUGAAGAGGCUCCAGAAGGAAUUCUUCCAGAUUCUGAACAUGAAUCGUGCUCAUCUCGAUCCAGAGUCGUCGUCCGCGUCUGCUCGAUCGUCAUCCGUCGCCAGUACCUCCACCGGUUUCUCCAGUACAUCGGAUUUUGACGUGGAUGACGAUGAUGAUGACGUCAGAGUCGCCGGCGACUCGAUAACCGAAGUUGAAGAUGUAUCCAGCUUUGUAAUGGCGGAUAUGAGAUUGAUUGUUGAGUGCAUGAUCUCGUGCGGAUAUUCCAAGGAAUGCUUUAAAGUCUACAAAGAUAUUCGAAAAUGGAUCAUUGAUGAAGCUAUCUCUCGACUUGGAGUCGAGAAAAUGAGCUUUUCAAAGAUCCGUAAGAUGGAUUGGGAGGUUUUAGAGCUGAGGAUUAAGAAUUGGCUAAGUGCCAUGGAAAUUGCUGUUAAGACAUUGUUCAAUGGAGAGAGAACUUUGUGCGAUAACGUCUUCGCGUCUACACCAGAUGCUAUCAGGGAAUCCAUUUUUAAGGAGAUUUCAAAAGAGGCUGCAAUGAUUCUGUUUGAAUUCCCCGAAAAUAUAGCGAAAUACGCCAAAAAUUCACCGGAAAAAGUAUUUCGUCUACUCGACAUGUACAACGCCAUCGCGAAUCACCGCCCGGAAAUCGAAUCCAUCUUCUCAAUGGAUUCCGCCUCGUCAAUCAGAACUCAGGCGGUGACGUCACUCGCGAAACUCGGCGACGCUAUCAGGACGGGGAUUGCACAGUUCGAAACCGUUCUCCAGAAGGACUCGUCAAAAUCAACGGUGGCCGGCGGCGGAAUUCAUCCUCUGACCAUCGACGCGAUGAAUUACCUCACAUCGAUCGCCGAUCACAGCAACGUUCUCUCCGACAUCUUCUCCAACACUCCUCCAAUCCCGAAGGAUUGGCUACCGGACUCGUAUUUCGCAGUCUCCGAUUCCGACGAGUCUCCAUUGCCGGCUAUAUCUCUCCGGUACGCCUGGCUGAUCCUCCUCCUCCUCUGCAAACUCGACGUCAUAGCCGAGCACUACAAGGACAUCUCCAUCGCGUACCUCUUCCUAGCCAACAACCUCCAAUACGUCGUCGUUAAGGUCCGCACCUCGCGCCUGAACCGUUUUCUGGGCGAGAAUUGGCUGUCGAAACAAUCCGCCAAGGUGAAACAGUACGCGGCAAACUACGAACGCCUAGGGUGGGGUGACGUCAUCGCCUCGCUCCCGGAAAAUCCAACGGCUCCCAUGUCUCCCGAGGAGAUCAAACAGCAUUUCAAAAAAUUCAACGCGUCGUUCGCGCAGGCGCACCGCAAGCACUCUGCAUGCGUCGUAUCCGAUAGAAAUCUCCGGGACAGUUUGAAAGUGUCGCUAGCGAGGAAACUACUCCGGCCGUAUCGAGACUUCUACGAUACGCAUAAGCUUACAAUGCCAAAAGAGAAAGAGAGACAUUUUUCAUCAAUUGUCAAAUUUGCCCCGGAAGACGUGGGGCAUCACCUAUCAGAUUUAUUUUUCGAACCUUCUAAAUAAAAUUAGUAUUUUAUCAUUC